AUGGGCGGCUCCAUGAGUCUGACCGGAGAACCCGACGGUGCGCCGAUGAAGACGGGGCUGUCUCUUUUCGACUUGACGGCAGGUCUGCAUGGUGUCAUUGGGAUUCUGGCCGCCUUGCACAACAAGCACGUGACCGGAUUGGGUCAGCACGUGGACAUCUCAAUGCUGGAUGUGGCAGUGGCGCUCCUUGCGAACCAGGGAAUGAACUACUUGGCCAAGAAGCAGCGGCAGAAGCGGGUGGGCAACAAUCACCCGAAUGUGGUGCCUUACCAGGUCAUGCCAGCCAAGGAUGGCUAUUUCAUCCUGACGGCAUCCAACAACGAUCAGUUCGAGCGCUUCUGCAAGGUUGCUGGCCGAGAGGAACUCAUGAAGGACGAGAGGUUCAACACCAUGAAGGCCCGCGUCGUUCACAGGGAUGUUGUCACGCCGACUCUGAACGAGAUCACUUCGCAGCACGAGAAGCUUUGGUGGCUGGAGAAGUUGGAGAAGGAGAUGGUCGGCUGUGCUCCCAUCCUUCACCUUGAUGAAGUUUUCGCCGACCCUCAUGUUCAGUCGCGAGACAUGGAAAUUCAGAUGAACCUCCCCGGCUUCAGUGAUUCGGUCUCGCUCAUCGGCUCGCCGAUGAAGUUCUCCCGCACAAAGGUGGACUACCGCCUUCCUCCCCCUCGCGUUGGUGAGCACACAGAACAGGUUCUGCUUGACUCAGGCAUGUCCAUGGACAGGAUUGAAGAUUUGCAUGAGAUCGGUGCCAUCGACAAUGCCAAGUUUGAUGUUCCGGGCGUCGUCCGGCCCCUUGCCAAGAAGAAGCGCAGGGUUGUGGAGGUCAGUGACAGCCACCCUGCCUACCAGUUCACAGGAAGCACGUGGGGCCACAUCAGUUCGGUGUCAGACCCUAGUGUGUUGCCAAAGUCGGAGAGCGUCGAGGAUGAAGAUCUCACCGAGUUAGACACCUUUGGUGGUGUGCUUCGAAGCAGCAUUGAUGAUCCGGUGCAAGCAUUCCUCAAGGAGAACAUAGAGCUGCGGCAGGUGGUGGUGGACGAAUGCGGCACAUCGCCCGAGCCAGAGACUCUCUGCCCCUUGACUUUGAGCAAAGCUGUGCAGAGAGUUGUUCUCGUGGGUGACUAUCGACAGCUGCGCCCAGUCGUGAAGAAUCGUGAUGCCGGCAGUUUGGGCCUGGCCUGCUCCCUCUUCGAACGCCUUUCUACCGGAGCCGGUGAGCUUGAGGACCGUGACGCAGCGUCCAAGCGCUUGCCGGAUGUGUCUGACCUCCAGGACCUGCCACCUGACAGGGCGCAAUUGGUGUUCCAGGCUUUCUGCGCUCUUCGAGGCUCCUCCUCGAGCAGCCUUCAAGCUGAGGACAUGCAGGUCUUUGCAGAGCAAACUGGCUGGGAAGGAACAGAUUCGGAGUGGAGGGAGGAAUUCAAAGUUCUCUGCUCCGAGCUAGGCGUUGAGGAUGUGGACUUGAAGUCCUUUGCACUGCUCGUGGAGGACCGAAGCCAGAGAGGCUGCUUCUGUAGCAACGAGGAGCUUGAGAAGUUGGGCGGGCUUGCCAAGCCUUCGCUGGGUGAGCAGGCGGUAUCGGCAAGCCAGCCAACACCUUCGCUUCAGGCACCAUCUUCGGUCUUACUCCGGCAGCAGUACCGGAUGCACCCCAGCAUGAACAGCUUUCCCUCGAAGCAGUUCUACGGGGGGAAGGUGUUCAGCGACAAAUCGACGCAAGACCGUCCGGCUGGAAUGCUCGCCCACGGAUACACUGGGUCACCCUCUCCAGUGCUGUUCUGGACGUCGCCUCCCACAUUCCAGGAGGAGGUGCACGAGGUCGCCACGAAGGACUCGUCCACACGAUCCAAGGCGAAUGUACGGGAGGCCGAGCGAUGUGCAAGGCUGGCAGCUGAAAUCGCCGCCCGGGCUGGCUCCAAGAGUGUCGCCGUCCUUUCCUGGUACAACGCCCAGGUGGUGGAGCUGAAAAGCGAGCUUCGCCGCCUUGGAACAAAAGGUGUCCACGUUGGCUCCGUGGUUACGGCGCAGGGCUCCGAGUGGGACUAUGUCCUCCUGUCCACCGUGCUUUCCAACGGCAGCGGCUUGACGGAGGCCGGGCAGAGGUUGGGUUGCCUUGCGGACAAGCACUUGCUCAACGUUGCUGUAAGCCGCGGCAGAGUAGGCCUGGUCGUGCUCGGAAGUCCUGAGGUGUUGCGACUGGACCGUCACUGGGCCGCCUUCCUGGAGCACUGCAAGGGCCUGGGCGGUAUUCUUCAGGACGGUGACUCUCCCGGUUUCUCCGGCACCAGCAGCCCUGGGCCAGGCGUCCCAGCAGUGCUCCAGCAAACCAGCAGCCAGGAUCCCUUCCGCAAGGUGCUGGAACAGUACAGGCAGCAGAAGGUCCAGGCUGCUGGCAGUCAGCAGUUUUACAAGCAGCUUGCCCGAGAGCCAUCACAGGCAACAUCGGCGGCCAGCCCUUACCCCUACCCGGCGGCAGCAGAAGCCAGGGAGCUUGGCAUAAAAUUGCCGCCGGACGGCAAGGGAAGUACCUCCGAUGACCGGCAGCCCAACGAGUGCUUCAGAUUCCAAUGUGAUCUGGUCCAGAAGGAACGAGGAAGCAUUGCGCCAGGAUGCGAUAGCUUCAGCCGACCGGGAUUCCAAGCACAGCUGUGCCAUUAUGCUUAG